GUCUGCCGGCAGGUUGUCCCACAUUUGCAGACGCGUACAUGAACUAUCUAUUUAUUACUACUGGUUUAGGUAGUAUAUGUAGACAUAUUUCAUCACUGACCAGUCAUUCGGAGAACAAUUUAUUGAAACAAAUAAAAUAAUGGAUGAUCGUAAAUAAGGAAACAGGUUUAACGUUGGUUUGCUGAUUGUUUAUUUGUGAACACACUUGGGUUUCUUCACAAUGGAAACGGAACAGAAAACACUGCAGUACUGGUGGUGUGCAGAAUUUCGAAGUGGACUUGUAGCCCUGUCAGAUUACGAAAUGCUGCUCAGCCGGCGCUUUCCGUGUCUGAAAGACGCUUUCGUGGAUGCAAGAGAAUCACUGCAAAAAAAUCCCGUCAGCAUUUACGACGGGACCAGCUUCAUUCUGUGGUUUGAGAACAGCAACGGUAUAAAGAUCAGCAAAGACGAUGCAGAGCAAUAUCUUAGAGUGAUGGAAUUAAACAGCACUCCGAAUUCGCAGGGUCACCGUAAACGUUCAUUAGAGGAUGCAGAUAUAGAGUACCCAGGGUGGGCUAAAACAAAGCAACAAAAAACCGACUGUAUGGACAGUUCCUAGCUUAGUUAAAAGCUAUUUACCGUAUAUGUUACACAAAUUUAAAUGUUAUGAUUGCUAAUUUAUGUAAUAUAUUGUUGGAUAAUUGUAUAUUUUUAUACGACAACCAAUUUUAAGGCUGUAACUGUUUUUAAAAUUGCAGUACAUGCAAUUACUUGUCUACGGGUUAACGUUCUUGUUUUGAAUGAUAGGGCUAAGCCUAAUGGUCAUUUGCAAACCAAACUGUUAGUGGUAGAAAACAGGGGCCCAUUUCACUAAAUGUCGUAAGUUUACGUCUGCUACUAGCAGUCUAGCGGUUAUACCAGCCGUGCGUUUACAUGUGUUUGGUAUCAAUUUCACGCAGGAAAUUGCAUCAAUACGGAAGCUGGAGUAUUCUAAAGACAAAAGAAAAUGAAAUAUGUGUUCUUUUAACUAUAUUUGUUGAACUACAAUAGUAACAGAAUUGUGGUUUAGUCGUAGAUUUACGUUUAAGUGCAAAAUAGGCAUACGAUGUUUUGUGAAAUUGGGCCCAGGCGGAUAAAACCUUCAUAAUAGCCGGUAAUAUUUACUGACAUAAACAUAGGCUAAUAUGUUUUCGUUUUGGAUAGUUGUACCAUCUUUAAUUUGAAUUUGCCACUGCCGCAUGACGUUUUUGUUUUAUUUAGUUUUUCGGUUGUUGUUUUUAAAGAAAAUUGAAGACGCACAUUUUGUGAUUAAUGUGUAAUAGUUGUUUAACUAUGGAAUGUUGCAAUAGAUAGACCCGUAGGAAGUAUAUUAGAAGUGGUUUGGGGGGGGGGGGGGGGCGAGAACUAAGCCUAUUUAUCUUUGGGUAACAACCUUGAACACCUAAUUCUUUCAUUAGAAUAAAAUAACAGUCUUCUAUAUUACACUUUAAGGCUAUUUGAAAAAUAUUUACUCGUUUUACCCACGUCCCCUCGGUUCCUACAGGCCUGUUAGACAUUGCAUAAAACUUAUUUAUUUAUUUUACACGAAGUACUUAGCCUUUUGGAUAACUUCAUCCAGCCGUUUGUCGCUAACGCUUGCUAGACUGGUGUUUACGCUACACGUUAAACUGAAUAGCGACUGCGGGAACCAGUCUAAAUUCUUUACAAGCGUUUAGCAAAAAACGACUGGCUGAACGUAGUCUUUGGUUCUCAAGGUACCACAAACUGUUUUCCAAUAUUAUGUGUAAAACUAGCGUUGUUUAGAACAUUUUAUACCCGCUUAUUGUUGACCAUACGAAUAAUAAACACAUGAAUUUAUACAUAAA